AUGUCAGGAUUGCCAGACAUCAACGACCCAACAGCGAUAGCAGUCUGGAAUAGAGCUGCUGCUCGCCUCGUGCGGGAGACCCUGGAGAGAAUCAUGACUUCGUCUGCGUCGACCGCUACUCCCAUGAAACAUGCCUUCGAGAGGCGUGUCCAGGACGUCAAGUCGCCCAAGAGCGACAUCAACGCCCUGAUCCUCGACUACCUCACGAUGGAGGGCUACUCUAGGGCAGCCGACAAGUUCAGCAAGGAAGCCAACCUGCAAGAACACCAGAUCGAUGAGACGGUGAAGAUUCGCCAGCAGAUUCAGAGAGCUAUCCACACUGGAAGCAUCCAGGCUGCCAUCGAGGCCCUGAACGACUUUGAUUCUGAGAUCCUGGAUAGGGAUCCCACCCUCCACUUUGCGCUUCUGCGCCUCCAGCUCGUCGAACUGAUUCGGUCGUGUACGGCGACGCCCGGCGGAGAUAUCACUCCCGCCUUGACCUUUGCCACGCACCACCUUGGUCCUCGAGCGCCUACGGAUCCUCGAUUCCUCAAGGAUCUGGAGGAGACAAUGGCUCUCCUGGUGUUCCCUCACAGCGAUCUCGAGCCCCAGCUUGCCGCAAUACUGCACCCUGACUUGAGACGCGGCGUGGCAGACGACGUCAACAAGGCUAUCCUGCAGCGUGAGACAGAGCGUAGGGAGGCCUCGAUUCGAAACCUGAUCCGGAUGCGUGCCUGGGCUGAAAACACUGCCCGGGCUGAGAAGAAGGCGCUACCAGACAGGAUAAGCAUUGGCCUCAACGGGGACGGCGACGCUGACGUCCACGACCCCAUGAUUGAGCCGGGACGCCAGGAGCAGAACGAACCUCGUUCCGACUCGGCUGAUACCCAGGACGCGUUGGAACAUUACGAGUCCGAAGAUUCAUAUCACGAUGGUGUUUUUGAUGAGUUUCACGACUCGGAAUAA